AUGCUUUUAAAUCCGUUUAAUAUUUUCGGAAUUGUCUCCGACUCUGCAGAAGAUUUGAAUUAUGAGCAGCAAGAUGCAGCAACAGCAGCAGCAGCAGCAGCAGCAGAGCCUUUUGUGGACUGCAUCGCCGAAUUCAGAGAAAAGGUGCGCAGCGUCUCGGCCCGCGGGCUGCGGGCCCUCAGCAGCAUCCCAGCAGCAGCAGCAGCAGCAGCAAAGGAGCCAUCGGGGGAAGCAGAAUCCGCAGCAGCAGGAGAACCAGCAGCAGCAGCAGCAGCAGCAGCAGCAAAGGAGCUUUUUCAAGAGUUGCUGCUGCUAGAAGAAGUUUUGAGAGAAUUGCAACUCCGAAAAGUAGAAGAACAAAAGAAAGAAGCCGCCAGAGAACUCGAGAGAAAAAAUCAAGCCGAGGCGCUUCUAAAGAAGCAGCUUGAAGCUCAAAUUGAACCAAAAGAAUACUUCAAAGAAACUCAAAAAGGCGUUUAUGGCACUUUUGACGAAGAGGGAAUUCCUCUGACUUUUGCAGACGGCAAAGAAAUUCCAAAAAGCCAGCGGAAGAACCUGGCGAAGCUUCUUGAGAAGCACAAAAAGGCCCACGAGAAGUACCAUGGAGAGAAGAAGCCUUAA